UGAUUUUUUUUUUCAAUGAUAGAUACUACGUGUUUUUUUCCAAAAUAAUUACCAACAAUAAUUUCAAACUCUCGCGAACACACCGGUGACAUCACGCGAUGUUUUUAGUGCUAUGGCGUACCAGGAAGGGGAGUCGCUUGAAUCUUGGCUCAAUAAAGCCACCCAUCCAACAAACAGACAGGAGGACUGGGAAUACAUCAUAGGCUUCUGUGAUCAGAUCAACAAGGAACUAGAAGGUCCUCAAAUAGCUGUAACUCUGCUCGUCCACAAAAUCCACUCACCACAAGAAUGGGAAGCUCUUCAGGCUCUUACAGUACUGGAGGCAUGCAUGAAGAACUGUGGGAGAAGGUUUCAUAAUGAAGUGGGAAAAUACAGAUUUUUGAAUGAGCUAAUUAAAGUGGUUUCUCCAAAGUACAUGGGUGACAGUGUACCCGAGAAGGUGAAGAUGAAGAUUGUGGAGUUGCUGUACAGCUGGACGGUGGCCUUUCCAAAUGAGACCAAGAUCGGUGAAGCCUACCAGACGCUGAAAAGACAGGGCCUCGUGACACAUGACCCGGAGAUACCGCUGGACAGGACUCUGAUCCCUUCUCCUCCGACGCGACCUAAACAUCCGGUGUUUGAUAAUGAGGACAUGGGCAAGUUGCUUGCUGAGCUUCUACGGAGUAAAAAUCCAGAGGACCUUCAGGAGGCCAACAGAUUAAUCAAAAACAUGGUGAAGGAGGAUGAGGCGCGAGUGCACAAGGUUACAAAGCGUAUAAACACACUGGAGGAGGUGAACAUCAACGUCAAGUUGCUGACCGAGAUGCUGUCCCACUACAAUAAAGACUCCUCUGACUCAGACAAGGAGAUUAUUAAGGAGCUGUACGAGCGGUGCGACAAGCUGAGGCGUGCUGCUUUCAAAAUGGCCACUGAGACGGAGGACAAUGACACCAGUUUAGGUGACAUCCUGCAGGCCAGCGAUGACCUCUCCAGGGUCAUCAACUCCUAUAAGAAGAUUGUUGAGGGGCAGCCCAUCAACGGUGACAGCGAAGAGCCUCGAUCUACCGUUGGUCACCGUGACAAUGAGACCACAGAUACGCUGAUCGACCUCGCCGGCCUUGACACUCCAAGCCCCCCUCAACCUGCUGCUCCUCCCUGCCAGGCCUUAAAUCCUGUCUCCACCAGUUCCACAGCUUUCCCCAUCCCAGUCCUGCCUCCUCCUCCCAAACGCCUGGGCGGCUCCGAUGGCAGUCAGAGCAACAGCCCGAGUCAUCCCCCUCUAAACAAGGCCUCCGCUGCACUGUCCCUCCUUGAUGAUGAGCUACUAUCUCUAGGACUGAAUGACCCCCCUACCUCUCUGACCAGCCAGUCAAAGCCCAAGUUGAACGAAUUGUCCAAUCAGUGGACUUCCCUGCAGGCUCCAGCUUCAAGUGUGGAUAUGUUUGGCAAUGUCGCUUGUUCAGGUCCAAUGGUGCCCCCAGUGGAAGCAGCUGCUGCUGCCACACACAGUCUCCAGAACCUGCAAGACUUGGCCAUGAUGGGCUUUUCAGAUCAACAGAGUCUGCCCAGCCAGAUGAUGGCCAGAGGAAGCAGCUUUGGGAUGCCUGCAGCAGCACCUCCUCCCCUCGUACCUGUGCAGGGCUCUACCUCAACCUCACUUCUGGAGGGUACAAUGCCGGGAUCUCCUGCUCUGUUCCACACAAAGGCCCAGAGUCUGUGUUCAGCCCCAGGCAGUCCGCUCUUCCGCUCUCUGUCCCCCUGCCACCCUCCCCUCCAGGGCAGCCCGGCCAAAGCCACAGACAUCUCCUUGGGCAAUGUGCACGUCCCUCUGGAGGCCAUCAGACCGAGCAAAGUGCUGCCCGUGACGGCCUAUGAUAAGGAUGGUGUUCGUAUGCUCCUCAAUUUUGCAUCUGACUGUCCCCCCGGGAGACCGGACGUGUUAGUAAUGGUGGUGUCCAUGCUCAAUACAGCGCCCCUGCCUGUUCAAAAUGUGGUACUGCAAGCUGCUGUUCCCAAGUCAAUGAAGGUGAAGCUGCAGCCUCCAUCAGCAACAGAAUUGGCACCAUUUAACCCAAUCCUACCUCCUGCCUCCAUUACCCAGAUCAUGUUGCUGGCCAAUCCAACAAAGGAGAAGGUGCGUCUGCGCUACAAGCUGGCUUUCAUGCUCGGAGACCGUCUGUGCAACGAGGUUGGGGAGGUGGACCAGUUCCCCCCACAAGACACAUGGGGCCACCUAUAGCAGGCCUGCUGCCACUCAGCAGGGACAGACCAGGUCAGACUCCAUGAAGGGGUGUGUUCAUCCCAGAGAGAAAGGAGGGGAAAUCCGGCUGCGCUCUACUCUUCAGCUUCACAUUCCUUAUAGUUGUUCAUUUUUGUGGCCAUUGUUAUUACUGGCAGAGAGAAGCAGACAGCAGACACUUAUGUAUACAGUGCUUGUAUAUGCUUCAGCAGAGAGCUAACAAAUUAAAGAUACACACUGGCAAGUAAGACAGCCAUGGCGUUCGCAGGUCAGUGGUACUGAGAUAAAUAUUUUAAUGGAUUCUCCCUGAGAUGAAUACAACAGUUUUGAAUGUACUGUAAAUAAUCAAUGCAUUAGGGAUCAGCGCCAGAAUGACAGGAUGCUUUACAGCAUAACAAAGUCUUUUAAAGUAAUGAACCUUGAAGUUCACUGAGCCAACAAGACAGCAGUUGUGCUUUUAUUUAAUUCCUCCAGCUGAGCUCUCUCUCAGCCCACAGAAAAUAUACUUGAAUAGAACCAGACGUUUUGAAAUGGGACCUAGCAAAUGCAUUGGAAUGGAUUAAAACUGGAAACUGCUGUCAUGUCGUCGUUGCUACAGGAAGAUAGACUGUUUAUAUAUUUAUUAUGAUUUUGGCCAUCAGAUGUUCUACUUCAUUUAGCCCCGUUUUAGAUGAACAAACCAGCAAUGUUGAACGGUAUGUUUUAAAGGCAACCAGCUGCACUUUAGAUGGUCAUUUUAAAUUCCAAAUAUGUCAUUAUGAUUUGAAUCUACUGAGUUCAACUUAUUUCAUAAUAGUUUUAUGUUCUCUCUGAAAAUAAAUUCUUGGUUUAGAUUUUAUCAGAGAUUAUCCAAAUUUUUUGUUCUUUAUUUAAAGAUUUCACUUCUCUCAUCUCAGUGUCAGUAUUGGAAGUAUUUUUGUCAUGUAUUUUUUUGUUGUAGUAUUUCAGUGCAUCACUGAACCUAGCAAAUGUGAACUGAAAAUUCUUAAUUUCCAUUCGGUAGCUUGAAAGGGAGAUCUGUCACCAGGUAAAUAACUUUGCAGCAGUGGGUGCUGUGAGUGAAAUUUUCAAACAUCAGUCCACCUGAUCAUCCCGUAGUCCUCAGCUUGUUGUCAUGUGGGAUGUACAGAAGUGUGUCUGUUAAAUGUACAUAGUGUGUAAUGCGUCUGUCGUUUGUUGUAUGACGAGUUACGUGAACUUGUGAUGUGCAGAUUUUGGGAGAGUGUUAGGACUGUACAUACUGUAUGAUGUGCCAUGUGUUUGCUGCAUGAAAAAAAUAAAGAUUUCUUUAAAUGCA